GAUCAAUUUUUGGGGGGAGUGCAAACUAUGCACUGGAGCCACCAGAAAAAAUGUACGUGAGUUAUCUCCUAGAUAAGGACUCCAGCAUGUACCCGAAUUCCGUAAGACACCCAAGCCUAAAUUUAAACCCUCAGAAUUUCGUACCGGCGCCUCCACAGUAUCCGGACUUUACAGGAUACCAUCACGUCCCGGGAAUUACCACUAAUGACCCGCAUCACAGCCAGACGGGCAGCUGGAACCCCGCUUACCCCCCUCCGCGGGAGGAAUGGACACCUUACGGGCCGGGAUCAGGAGUGUCCAGCUCGAGCACAGGUCAGCUGGGCUUCAGUCCUCCAGAGUUUUCAUCUGUCCAAACUCCGGGUCUGCUCCAAUCCUCCAUCAACUCUUCAGUCGGACAGCUGUCACCCAACGCGCAGAGACGCAACCCUUACGACUGGAUGCGCCGCAGCGUCCCGCCCGCCAGCUCAGGAGGGAAGACCAGAACAAAAGACAAAUACCGGGUGGUGUACACAGAUCAUCAGCGUCUGGAGCUGGAGAAAGAGUUUCAUUACAGCCGCUACAUCACAAUAAGAAGAAAAGCAGAACUGGCAACCGCACUCAGUCUGUCAGAGAGACAGGUGAAGAUCUGGUUCCAGAACCGCCGUGCUAAAGAGAGGAAAAUCAAUAAGAAGAAAAUGCAGCAGCCUCAGCCGGCAUCCACCACCACACCCACCCCACCGGGCUCAGCACUACCAGGCAAUGUGCCGAUGGUGACCAGCAGCAGUAGCGGUGGCCUCGUGUCCCCGCCCAUGCCAAUGUCCAUCAAAGAAGAGUAUUGAGGACUCGGAAAACCUGGACUGAUAGAGAUUUUUAUAUCGAAACACACUAAUCCAACACAGGGUACUCUUCAUGAAAUCAGCACAUCUUUCCUGGAGCACUGAAAAUAAUGUUGUUGCAAACGAUUUAUGUGGGCUGAAGUUAAACAAACAAAAAUGAGUUGAGUAGUGUUCAGCUUAAUUUGUUUGUUUAAAUUUAGCCCAAAUAAAGUAUUUGCAACCACACGCCUUAAAAGAAUUCAUCCAGCAGGCACAGGACGUCAACAUGACCUCAGACUGACGUUGUAGGUCAACAUCAUGGGGACGUUGCAAGUUGUUUGGAAUGAAAAUCAAGUGGACAUGAGAACCCAAUGUCAGGCUGAUGUUUACGUCCAACCAAAAAUCAACCAAUUAUCAACGUCUAAUGAUGUUGUGUGGAUGUUGCCAUUAUGACGUCUAUCAGAUGUUGGAUUUUGGUUGCCAUUCCUGAUGUAUAAAUGUCAGUAUUUGGCGUCAAUAUUAUGUUGGUUUAAAAUGUUGGCAAAAAGAAAACGUAAAAUCAACCAAAUUUCAACGUCUAAUGAUGUUACAGCUUGACGUUGUGUGGAUGUUACCACUAUGACAUCUAUUAGAUGUUGGAUUUCGAUAGCCAUAAAUGAUGUAUUUGACAUAAAUAAGACGUUGGUUUAAGAUGUUUGCUUAACAUUGCGUUUUGGUUACUCUCCAACACAACCUAAAAUCAACCAAAUAUCAUAUCACAUAUACAAUAUGUGGAUGUUACCAUUAUGACGACUAUCAGACGUUGGACUUUGGUUGCCAUACCUGAUGACGUUGGACUGUCCAACACAACCUAAUAUCAACCAAAUAUCAAUGUCAUUCGUUGUCAUUAUUGGACAUCAAAAUAACGUUGUCCUUAGACGCUGAGUAGACAUUGAAUUUUGGUCACCUGACGUCACAACCUAAAUCUAACCUAAUAUUAACAUCUUAUGACAUCGUUUGCCUGCUCUGUAGUAAAUCCAAUGACUCACUUUUUUUCAGCAAAAUGAAAUUUUAUGGAAUUUUCUUGACAAAUACAAAUAGUCGACAGCCACACUUCUAAAAAUAAAGGUUCUUAGACGGCAAUAAA